CGUCAUUCUGUGAUUGCUUUUCCGUCGUUCUCUGCCCCAUCACUUCCAUGUUCGCUCUCUUGCUUCUCUGCUUCAUGCAUCUCGGUCUCUUAUUGCGACGGUGCAGUUUUUGCAGAUGGUCACGACCGUUUCGACUGUGUGAUUAGGGAUCUCACGAUAGUAGAAAGAUCGGCCUUGGCGUUUUGAAUUGUAUGGCCUUGGCAGCGUGAAGGGAGGUAACAGAGAUGCCCUUUUUUUUCGUUACACCGCAACAGACAAAAGAAUAGUAAAACAAAAAACCUUGGGUAAAGCAAAUGCCGAACUUUCCAUACCGAGGAGGUCUUCGUCCCAGCAACCCAAAGGCGUUAGCCUAGUCCACUUUCACUACACAGGAUAGAGCUGCCAGAUCUCCGCUGCGUCUCGGUCAUUUGAUUGUUUGUCAUUCCGCGGGCUUCGUCACGAACAGUCGCGCCCAUUGAAAGUGAAAUAGGUGCUCUGUGUGUUUUACUGCCUUGCCGACUAACCGGAUUAUUUCUAUUCAUCCACCAUUAUGAAACUAACCGCCAUCCUAAUCGUUGUUUCGUCAUUUGUGAUUGUUUUGGCCCAAUCUGACCGGCAAAGGACUAGAGCUGUUUCCAGAGGUGAGAUCACAUUUAAUGGCAAUGCUAAUUUCGGCGAGACAUCUAGAAUUAGAUCUAGAGGAGGCGCCGAGGUUAGAAGUAGUAGAAGGGUUGAUGCUAAACCCAAUAGCGAAGCUAAGCCGAGAUUUAUCUCUAAAUCUAGAGACACUAGAAUCGAACCCAAACCUAAUGUCCAAGCUAAACCUAACUCAGAAGCUAAACCAAGAUUCGUAGCUAAACCUAGAGAAACUAGGGUGGAAGCUAAACCUAUUAGAGUCGAACCUAAACCUAAUAUCGAGUCCAAACCAAGAUUCACUGUUAAACCUAAAGCCGAAGACAGACCGAAGCCAACCUUCGAAGUGAAACCUAAAGUCGAAGAAAGGUUUACUGACAAGGAAACCUUUAUUGAAGAAGAUAUUCCUAAAGCUAAAGAAAAUCCUAGCCUCGAAACCGAAGGUAAACCAUCGAUCGAUGUCGAUGACAACACUGUGACAGGUAACCCGAUGACUGAAAUCAGAAGUAACGGUAUGACAGCUUCACCGUUCGCUGAUGUAAAUGGCAACACAGUGGAAGCCAAUGCCACCAAUUGCCAACAAAAUGAUCUGCUCAACCGGCUGCUACUUCGAGUGUUGUUAUCUUCUAUGACUACAACAACCCAGAAUCCUUUGAUGGAGAAUAUUAAUCGUCUUUUCAACAUAAAUCCGACUACUACAAGUCCGACAACGGUGAUUACUUCCACUGCCGUAUCCACGGUUACGCAGCUCUUCUCUACCAUUGUCAAUGUGAUGUUUAGGAACAGGAAACUUCCAACCACCAUUUACUCCAGUUCAACCUUAGUUGUGACGGAGAUCCAAACAGUGACAUCAACCCUGUCGUCGCAGAAUCCUUCCGCCUUAUUCCGUUUCAAAAGAGAUAGCGAAGUUACUGAGGAAAAUCAACUCCAGUCUUCACUUCUUGAAUCUAACUCAAUCUCCAAGUUGAAUAUCGAACCCACUCAGCCAUUGCCAUCUGCUGACGUCGUAUACUCGCGUGAUGAUAUGGAACCGGCCAUUGACAUUGAUCGCCUAAUGACUGCGCUUAAUCACCCCGAAAUCCGCGAUGCCUGGAAUCGGUUUUUGCAAGUGCUGUCUAGAUUUCUGGAAUGAAGCGCAUCCACAAUAGUGGAACAUUUCCACGCAAACAAACACUAUAUAAAAGACAAAAAAAAAAAAAAAAAAAGAAAUCAGAAAAAAGACGUUGAAAAUCAAAAUAGAGAUGAUAAAAAUUAUUGCUAAAGCGAUGGAAAAUAGUAUGUAGAAUGUUUCUAUGUCGCCUGUAAUCAUGGACGUAAUAUUGUCGACGUAAUCCUGUUGUCCACCCAGCACAAGCGACAUUUGUGAGGAAACUCUUUUGUUGUACAUAACUUUCAUUCAUCCUGACCUUUUGCUCCUUUCCUAAUUAUGUUGGUGGAGGUCCACCUUCUAGGUCAGCAGAGCAUUUUGGUGGCCCUUCUCCAAAUUCAAAUCAGGGGGGCGGGGCCAAGUACUUUCAUUGUUAUGUUAUCCUUUUUUCAGUCUCUCCGAAUCAUUGAUAAAACUAAUUUUUUUUGCACUUCAAACAACAACAACUCAAUUGAAAGCCCACCAUUCUACAAAUGAUGCUGGUGGACGUCAAAUAGCAGUAAAUAAAUUCACAAGGGAAAGUUCCCUAAGCACUAAGA